AUGGAGACCUCAGUGAAUGCUGAGGCCCUGCUGCCCAUUCUGCUGGGGCUGCUGCUGGCUGUCACCCCGGGGACUCUGAGUGCCAACCCCGGCCUAGUGGCCAGGAUCACCGGCAAGGGCCUGGAGUAUGCGGCCAAGGAGGGACUGCUAGCCCUGCAGAGAGACCUGCACAAGAUCACCCUGCCGGACUUCACCGGAGACUUCAAAAUCCGCCCCAUAGGCCGAGGACACUAUGACUUCCACAGCCUGGAGAUCCACAGCUGCGAGCUGCCACACUCCACCCUGAAGCCCCUCCCCGGCCAGGGCCUGAGUCUCUCCAUCUCCGAUUCCUCCAUUGGGGUCCAGGGCAGGUGGAAAGUGCGAAAAUCUUUCGCGAAGCUACAGGGCUCCUUUGACCUGCUGGUCCAGGGCCUCACCAUCUCCGUGGACCUCCUCCUGGGCACCGACCCCUCAGGGAGGCCCACGGUCACUGCCCCCCGCUGCAGCAGUCGCAUCUAUGACGUUGACGUGGACAUAUCUGGAGGUCUGGGGUGGCUGCUGAAUCUUUUCCACAACCAGAUCGAGUCCAGGUUCCGAAAAGUGCUGGAGGACAAGAUUUGUGAAAUGGUCCAGAAAUCAGUGGCCUCCGACCUGCAGCCUUACCUCCAAACCCUGCCAGUCACCGCCAAGAUUGACAGCCUCGCGGGCAUCGACUACAGCCUAGUGGAGGCCCCUCAGGCCACAGCCCAGGCACUGGACAUGAUGUUCAAGGGUGAAAUCUUCAAUCUCCACAAUCGCUCUGAGGUGGCAGCACACGCUCCAGUCAUGAGCCUUCCCGAGGAUCACGAGAAAAUGGUCUACUUUGCCAUCUCCAGUUAUGUCUUCAACACCGCCAGCCAUGUUUAUUACCAGGCCGGCUACCUUAGCUUCUUCAUUACAGAUGACAUGGUUCUCAACCUCCUGAGUAGCGAGGAUGCCUCUGGCAACUCAGUUGAGACCUAUUAUUCUAAUUCACAUUUAAAAAAUCUGAAUGAUUUGUUGAAAUUUCUUGAAAAUGUUUUAGCGAAUGAGGGCACUAAUAUAUCCGCCAUGCUGACCUUGGACACCAACAAGGUCACAGGGUUCCUGAACCCGGGAAAGCUACAAGUAGAACUGAAAGAAUCCAAUGUUGGAAUGUUCAAUGUGGAGCUGUUGGAAGCACUCCUCAACUACUACCUUCUCAACACCCUCUACCCUCAGGUCAACGAUAAGUUGGCCAAAGGCUUCCCCCUGCCUCUGCUAAGCCGUGUCCAGCUCUACGACCUUGCUCUCCAGAUCCACAAGGACUUUCUGUACUUGGGUGCCAAUGUCCAGUACACAAGAGUUUGAGAGUCAGAAGAAAAACAGGUCUUGGAGGCCACCGCUGGAUGGGCCUGUUUCGUUUCCAGCUGUGUGGCACAUCUCCAGAGCAUUUCAGAAGACAGGGGUAUUUCUGUUCUCAGCUCUGAGGAGCUCUGCCCUCUUCCUCUUCUUCAUCCAGUUUACCCACCCAUCAUCUCCCUGAUCCAGGACUCAGUCUCCUCCAAAAAGGACCUUCUCUGAACUGACCUGUGAAGUUGCUAAGAUCAGGCAUUAUACUGUUUUGUAUGCUUGUAUACCAAUACCAGGACUUGAACUCAGGGCCUGAGCACCAUCCUUUAGCUUUUUUGCCCAAGGUUGACAUCUACA